AUGUCCAUCGACGCCACCAGUGAUACGACCACCUCGCCGGAAAAUUCCACGACUCCUAACAAGCCCCACAUCACGUGGCAAGAUUCAUACAGCGAUGCCCACAUAGCCAUCGAAGCUCUCUCCUCAAUCCUCCAAUCAAUUCCACCUUCUCUUUCUAAAUCAGAAACCCCUGCUUACUCUCUCCUCCAUGACCCCGAAACAGCCGACCAAAUCUCGCGGCGGCUCCGCCAACCUGAUUCCGGCGCAGGUGAUGACGACCUGUGUCGCUGGCUGUACGAUACAUUCCAGACCUCCCAACCUGAUCUCCAAUUAGUAGUCCUCAGAUUUCUUCCAAUCAUGGCCGGUGCUUAUCUCUCGCGUGUCACCCUCCAUAAGCCUCUCGCCGGUUUUGAAGCCGUCCUUUUGGCUCUCUACGCCCAUGAAACCACCUCCCGCGACGGCCAUUCUGUGACUGUGAGUAUUCCUGAUCUCUCCCACUCCAGCAUUUACCAUGAAACCAAACAAACAUCCAAAAACACCGCAACAGAAUUGAAUUUGGCUGUGAUUUCUCCAAGUUUAGAGCCCCAUGGCACUGUUCGGUCUACUCGGAGAGCCAGAAUUGUCGGCGUCGCAUUAGAAUUAUACUACAGCAAGAUUUCGAACAUCCCAGCGGGUUCUAAGAUUGAUUUAUGUGAAUUUUGCAGAAUAUGGUCUGGCCACGAUGGGACAGAACUCGAAUCCCCCGGUUCAUCAGAAGGGAAAGAAAUUGAAGGUGAAAAUUUAGAAAAUAAAAAUAAAGUGAAAAAGGGUAGGAUUAGUCUGCCAUGGGAGCUUCUGCAACCAGUUUUACGGAUUUUAGGACACUGUCUAAUGAGUCCUGAGAAGGAUAAGGAAUUGUAUGAAGCUGCAUGUGCUGCAAGUAGGUCUUUGCAUGCAAGAUCAUUGCAUGAUAUAAAUUCCAAGGCAAUUUUGGCAACUGGAAGUCUUCUUAAGCUCGUGAAGUUGGCUGCAGAACCCAAUGAUGGUAUUGAUCAUACUGAGAUAACACUGUCUAAUGUCAUCACAAUUUGA